GCAGCUUUCAGCAUACCCAAUCAUCAUCAUCCAAAACAGUCUCUGAAAUAAACUGUAUCAGUUACACUCUGAGAUGUAGCGCACAAACAGGUCCUCUGACACUGGCUAUAUUUACAGGAGCCUUGAAUUUGACACUUUCUGUGCUACAGUUUCAACAAACACAGACACUUCCAGACAGUCAGCUAAUGGUUCCACUGGCUGCCUCCUUUGAGCUCUUUCUCUUGGGUGAUGUGAUGUCAUCAGUGCAUGUGUGCUCACAGAUGUGCAUUAUAGCUGAUGGAAUAUUCUUAUAUUCUUCUGUAUUCUCGGUGACAGAAAUGUUCACAGAUCAGAUGCUCAGGCAGUUCAUGCAUGCAGCUAAUUAUAGCCAAUAAAAUAUAGAUCAAAUAUCAGGCUCAUAUCAGAUUAGGGGGUACAUUAACUAAGAGCAGUGCACUGUUCUUCAAAACACAGAAAGGAAAGGGCAAAAAGUAUCUGUCUGUGUCUAUUACUGUCACACAGGUCAGUGGAUAACACCACUUCUAUCAGGAAGACUCGCAGACUUGAGUGAAAUUUAAGAUGACAUUUAUUUGAUAGAUGUAAAAUAGGAAGUAAAGUCUCUCUCUUUGGCGUAGUGAAAAACGGGGAGUCUGGCGGCCCGAAGAAGUUGUACUCAGAACCGUCAUAUCCUGCCGGAGAUAGGAGGCAGGGGUGAGGAGCCUACCCCCGUGCAGGACGGGGCUCAACAGGUGGUAGUGGGGUGGAGGAGGUUGCCAUGUUAGCACACUGAAACAGCAAUGUGAUAGAUUGUGAGCAGACUUACAUGUGAUUGGCUAGGAGUUACCCAGCUAAUGGUGCGAUGAUGUACAGCUGGAUGGAGUGGUGGUGGCGUAGUGGGCUAAAGCACAUAACUGGUAAUCAGAAGGUUGCUGGUUCGACCCCCCCCCCCCAGCCACCACCAUUGUGUCCUUGAGCAAGGCCCUUAAAUCCAGGUUGAUCCCUGUAAUAAGUGCAGUAAAUGUAGUUGCAAAUGUAACUAGCUGCUAAUCUUCCCGCUAGAACUACGCUGCGCUUACAUUGGAAGUACUAUAUUUUAAAAGGGGAAAUAUCCUGGUAACUAAUCAUCUUUACAACAAAUGUUUCACCAGUUCUUUGUUACUGGUGUUGUUCCUAAAUAGCAAAAUGAGCUUUAGAUGUGAACUUUUAGUUCUGUAUUGUGACAAUUACAAAAUGUUCAUGAAGGGAGGUGUUCCUCAAGCUCUCUUAGAGCAAAGUAACACAUUUUGUCAUCUUUGAAUCAUAUUUUGCGUGUGUUAUUUUGUUGCAGAAUCGAGUGCAAAAUAAAGGAUGAUUAAUUGUUGCAUGAGUUCUCAGUACUCAUACAUGUCCUGGUCUAGUGUAAAGACAAUUUGCCGAGCAUUUCUAUCAUUACUGGUAGCCUACAUGUAAAAUAUGAUAUAAUGAUAUAGUUUAAUAGUAAUAUUAAUAUUAAUACAGCCUAAUAAUUAUAUAAUAUUUGAAUAUUAAUAAAAUCUCAGGUACAAAUAUUUGUAAUAUGUCUUAUUGAGUAUGGAGUAUAUGUGCCACAAUUCUGCAUGUGCAAAAUUACAUUUUGAGUGCACAAAAACGUUCUGCACGUGCAAGAUGAAAAUUUGAGUGCAUAGAAAAUUAUUUCGCACACGCUUUGUAAAGCAAUGCAGCUUCUUGCAAGGAUAAAUUCAUUUUGAGCAAACGAAAAUCAAUUCUGCAUAAAGUUUUUUUUUCAUAAAGUUUAUUUGAAUGUGAAUUUGCACAGAAUUGUGACAUGUUGCUUUUCCCCCUACCCACUGUGCGUGCGAAAUUUAAAUAUCAUCUUGCGCGCGCAGAGCAUUUUUGUGCGCUAAAACUCAAAUUUAGCGCGCGCGGAAUUGUGACACAAAUAUAACUCCAUAUAUCGGCAGCAAGCAUGAUGCACAAACAUGCCAAAUCAGUCGUGAGGCUAUGACUGAAUCCACGCCCUCUAAGCACGCGGAUUGUUUUUGUGGAGUGUAGCAGUAUAUGAGGGGCGGAGACUUCAGAUCAUCACAAUAAUCUCUAGCUCAGGAUCUGAAAGGAUAAAUCCUCAUGUCGGUGUAUGUGGAGCUGGAAUACAGACAGACACACGGACUCAGUGCUGCUGUCUUGUUGUUUUUAGGCCUGUAGGAGGAUCUUUAAUCACAUGGAUUUACUGUGCUUGAUGACACAAUGAGCAAUGAAGGAUUCCAACAGCAAGUAACUUGAGCUGGACGCACGGAAUGAACUCUCAGAUAUCUAUGUAUACGGAUGAACACCCUUACAAAAGCAGGAUUUCAUCACCAGUAUACUAGACACGUGUAGGUCUUCCAGUGUUUUACUGUAGUGCCUGUCCUGAGCAGUCCAUAUGGAUGACCCCCUUAAAUGACCUCCAUUAGAAAUGCUGAGAAGAGUAAUGGAUUUACUUCUCCGAUCUGCAUCAUUCCUCUCAUUGCCAGUGUGCCUGGAUGCCGAUGAGUUUCCACAAACAGAAGAGACGGAGUGUGAUCAUCGUCAUAGUAACUGCAGGACUGAUGAAGCAAUGUGGCUAGACGUCACAUGUUCACGUUAAAUCAAGAGCCUCUGGUUUGAACGAUUCAAUCAUAUCUCAAUGUUGUGCUGUCAAAUCCUGCACGUCGAAAAACAUCCAGUGAGUUAUAAACAUUUUGCUCAGAUUGUUUUGCCUGUAAGCGACUGUGAGGUUGGUCUGUUUGUCAGGUACAAGGACUGCUGGGCACUAAUGUUGCCAAAGACAUAAACGUCAACCUCAAGUUGCUUGAGUAAUUGACUCUGGCUGCUUGCUGGAGUGCUGGAGAGGGCCAGGCUUCAACCUCAUGGCAUGGGUCAAACUGUUUAAAAAGCCUGGAGGCCACAUGGCGGGUACCGGUGCCUGGAGCGGGACGGGGCUGGGCAAGUCCUACCAGCCGGGCAGCAUGAUAUCUCUCGCCCUAACCAAAGGUCUUCUGAAUGAGCCAGGCCAAAAUAGCUGUUUCCUUAACAGUGCUGUGCAGGUGCUUUGGCAGCUUGACAUCUUCAGGAGGAGCCUACGACAUCUCUCUGGCCAUUUCUGUCUGGGGGAUGCCUGUAUUUUCUGUGCAUUAAAGAGCAUCUUCUGUCAGUUCCAGCAGAGUCGAGAGCGUGCUCUUCCGUCAGACACCCUGCGUCACGCUCUGGCCGAGACCUUUAAAGAUGAGCAGCGCUUUCAGCUGGGCCUCAUGGAUGAUGCCGCAGAGUGUUUUGAGAACAUUCUCGAGAGAAUACACCUGCACCUCGUUUCUGACUUGGCCUCAGAAAUGUGUACUUCCAAAUCAUGCAUCACCCACCAGAAGUUCGCCAUGACUCUCUAUGAGCAGUUUGUUUGUCGUAGUUGUGGAGCAUCAUCCGACCCUCUCCCCUUCACGGAGCUUGUGCACUACGUGUCCUCCACGGCCCUCUGUCAACAAGUGGAGCGCAUCCUGGAGAAGACCGACAGACUGCGCUCUGACAUGUUCGGGGAACUGCUGCAGGCGGCCAACACCAUUGGAGAUCUGCGCAAUUGCCCUAGCAACUGUGGUCAGAGUAUCAAAAUCAGACGCGUUUUGAUGAACUGUCCAGAGAUUGUCACCAUUGGCUUUGUCUGGGACGCUGAACAGUCUGACCUGACUGAAGAUGUCAUUCGCUGUCUGGGCCCAAACCUCAAUCUCUCGGGGCUGUUCUAUAAAGUCACUGAUGAAAAUGCCAAGAAAAGAGAUCUCCACCUGGUGGGAAUGAUCUGCUACUCUAAUCGACAUUAUCUUGCAUUCGCUUAUCACAGCAAGUCUUCCAAGUGGAUCUUUUUCGAUGAUGCAACCGUGAAAGAGAUUGGCUCCAAGUGGAAGGAUGUGGCGUCUAAAUGUAUCCGGGGUCAUUUUCAGCCACUCCUCCUGUUCUAUGCCAACCCGGAUGGAACUGCAGUGUCCAAUGAGGAUGCCCCGAGACAGACCACCAUGUGGUCCCAUCAUAACUUUCCCUUCAAUGGAAAUGGAACAGACGCUCAUCUGUCAGGCUGUAAGAAUCUUGACAGCGUGAGGGACGGGAGUCCUGGUUCCCAACAAACAAAUCAGGGAUCCCACAAAACAACAAUGCCGUCAUCAGCCAGUCGAUUUAAAGUGCUUCCAGAGAAUUCCAGGUUUCGAGAGUCUUUCAGAGAAUUUUCUAUCCGAGGAGGAGGGCAAAGGAGAGAGACUGAAAGAAGUUACCAAAGAUCAGACUCUCUUCAACACAAAUAUUUAACAUAUCCUUGUUCAUCAUCUCCCCCCGAGAAUGUUCUGAGGUCUCAUUCUGACCAGAGGCAGACAACUCUGCCCUCACGAGCCUCUAGACCUGAGAAUUCUUCAGCGCACCCUCGUGGAUCUCUCCAGGACUCUCGUUCAAUCCACGGAACGCCCAACAGUGCCAGCCGCCACAUGGAAUCAUCAUGCCUGACCCAUCGUGGGUCCACAAAUCUCCCAGAACGUAGUAAAUCCAAGCCUUCAUGGAGACCAGUGCGAGAAGUUCUGAACGUAGACAGCGUGCUGAGUGAACUGGAACGACGUCAGCAACAACAGUGCGGGAGUCCUCGAUGCGUCCGCCGCUUCGGCCAGGAGAGAGGGCUGAUGAAGGAGAAACAAAAAGGUCUGAUGACAAUUUACGAGGAUGAUGCACGGUUGGAGACGGAAAGUCAAAGCUCCCAGGAGUCUCAUCGACAGAUGAUGGUGACAAGCUCUAAAAGCGGUGCUCAUGUAGCACAGCGGAGUGAAAACUGGAUGAUCCAGAGGACAGAGUCGGGGUACGAGAGCAGUGAUAGGUUAAGCAGUGGCUCCACCAAUCCUGACUCGCCAGGUGUGGAGACCUUCACAGGCAAAGAACUCAGACCAAAUCAAGACACGCAGCACCUCAGGGAUCAUGGUCAUAAUAAUCAAGGUGACUCAAAAAUGGAGGCAGUGCGAUCUCCAGUGUACCACAGUAAACAUCUGGUUAAAAUUCAGGGAAAGAACUCAGAACAUCUCACGAAAGGCAGCCCGAGUUUAAGAAGGAAGCUUAGAUAUUCGUCCUGUGGCUCCAGGAAAGGGAUAGGCACAGAGAAGGACCCGUCACCCACUGAACUUCAAGCAGAGCAACAGGAAGUUUCUAUGCGAUGGCACCACAACCCAGAAAGCCCCGUACUGCACCGUCUGGGCAGGAUAAGCAGUUCAGAGUGUAACAGUUCUGAUGAACUCACCAACCCUCUUUCAGAGCAGGAAGAUAGCGCUUACCGUUCCAGCACCAGUGAAGCCCCUCCACGUGAAUCAUCUGGUCUGAAUCGCUCUAGUUACCCCUUGCAGCCAAGGGAAGAGUCAGCCAUAGCUACAUCGAUGCCAGCUCACUCCAAAUAUGCACAACGGCCAAUUGAGAUCAAGACUCCGCCCUUCCGUCCUAGAAUCUUACAGGAGCUGUCACAGACGAGUUGCAGAACAUCCAGUCGUGGCGUUCCCUCAUCACACACUACUGCAGUAUGCAGACGGGUGGAAGUCAAUGGCACGUGCCCAAGCUCAGCAGAUGCGAUUUCAAAAUCAGGUUUUGACCAGGAGAGAGGGGAUCAGGCGUCCAGUGAGCCUGGAGAAAGAUCUUGUGGUUGGGAUAAGCCAUCUACCGCAGUGUCUUCAGGAUCUGGAGUGGCACUGACCACUUAUUUCUCUGUGGAUAAUUGUAUGACAGACACGUACAGACUAAAAUAUCACCACCAGAGGCCGCUGGUCCUCUCCCUGCCUGAGCCGAGAGGAGCCGUUAGAGAUGGGAGAGACACAGGACACUUGAUCCGCAUUGAGAAACAAUCUGAGCGUGCCAAAAAUAAGCCUGACUCUGGCAAUAGCAGCAAUAAGCCCACUGCAAAAUGGCAUCCUGUCGUUUCAAAAGGGCUGGAUGAACACGGAUAUUUGUGAAGGUUAUGACCGUUUCAUCUAAAGGCAGCGGCGUGACCACCGGUGACGUGGGCCUGCGGUGUGACGCUUCAGACAUCCACAGGAGGGCAGAAUGCACUUUGGCUUGAAUCUUUAUUUGCUUGUGAACAUGAAUGACCAUUUUAAGCUGAAUAUUGAAUUUCUUCAGUUGUAAAAAAAAAUAUAUAUGAAUAAUAAUGACAUUUUCCAAGUCUUAAAGGAAUAUUCCGGGUUCAAUACAAGUGAAGCUCAAUCGACAGCAUUUGUGGCAUAAUGUUGAUUACCAAUACAAUUUUUUAAAGAAGAUUCCAGUGAGACACUUCCAAUGCAAUCAAUGGGGUUUAAUCAGUAAACAUUAAAAUACUCACUGAUUCAGAAGUAUAGACACAACACAUAAACAAUAUGUGUGUUACUGUCAUUAAAUCACGCACUGACCACAUCUGUGGAAAGUUAUAGACAAUUUUAUAACAUUGUUACCAUGAUGAUGUAAUGUCAGCAAACCCUAAAAUGACUAAAAAUGACAAUUUAAGCAACUUUACAGCUGAAAUAAUACUCGAAGAAUUAAAGUAAGUGCUUUUAUUAAAUUAUAAGCGUCACAUUUCUGCCUUUUAAACCCUCCAAACAUUUCUCCCAUUGACUUCCAUUGUAAGUGUCUCACUGGAACACACAUUUGUGCUUUUUUUAAAGAAAGGAGGGGCGACUCAGAAUACAUUUUUGUGGUAAUCAACAUUAUGCCACAAAUGCUGUCGACUGAGAUUUAAAGACAAACAUAGUGAUUGUGUCCUUGGCUUUCAUUUCAUUGCAAAUGUACCUUUGUACUCCCUAGAGGUUGUUUGUGCAGUGCCUUCCUGCGAUUUUUCAUGCAAAAUAUUGACAUGAUGAUUCAAAGUAGUGGAAUAAUGUAAAAUGAUAUCAACUAUAUAUUUUUGGAAAUGUCUAUGCAUUAUUUUUAUUCUUUGUUUAAUAAACUUCAAAUGUU